AUGGCUUCGCAAUCAGCCUCUGGCGGCGCCAGCUUCUCACUCUUCCCCAAUCCCAACUUCUCCAAGCCUAUGCCGCGUACCCAGACACCUCGAUCCCGCCGUUCAGAAUCCCGCGAACGUCGAGCAGUUACACCACAGCAGCAACUCCAGGACAGUCUGCUUGCUCCUGUAUCAUCGCCUCAAACCGGCCGGCAGACGCCGCAGCAGAGGGCCCAUACCCCAUUGGACAUCAGUCAUCCUUUGGAAGCAGUAUCAGAGGCGGCUCUAGAUCAUCAUAACCCUCCACCGACUGCCAACAUAGACGAGCAACCAGUUGAUCGCCCCCGACUGACCAUCGAGGUUCCUCGGCAAGCAAAUGCUUCCAUCUUGCCACCUCAGGUACUGGCAAGCGGCAGCAGUAACCCGCCGCAGAAUUAUAUCGCCAAGCCUCUUCUAUUAUUUGACCAGCCACCAUCGUUUGCGCCGCCGCCAACAGCGCCGCCGGCAAUGCGCUCCAUGUUUCCAACAUACAAUCCUGAAUUACCCCUUGAUCAGCAAAACUACGGCCCAACCCAGAUGAAUCCAUCUGGCAUGCCUAGGGCUGUGGUCAGUCGCCAGAGCUACUUUGAAGAUCCCGAGACUGCAUCUGAGCGUCCACCUGUGCGCAGUCCGCCAUUCAGAGUUCCUACUCGCCCUCAAAAUCCUCCAAUCAUCCCUGCCAUCAGCACUACCGAACAGCUUCAAGACCUGUGGAAAGUCACAAACGGCUGGCAAGCAUCUGGUUCGGAAGGGCGUGUUUACUGCCUAAAGUUGACACAGCAAAAAGAUGCUCCUGUCUACACUCUUUCCUCCGCCUCCCAGCCUUUUUAUAGCCUCCGCUUGGACCCUACAUCUGCUUCUGCCUACGUGUCACUGAGCAGACACGACCCCAGCAAGAUUUACAAGGCUCCCAAAACAGCAUCAGGCUCUCCCGCAAGCAUUUUCAACGGUAUUCGAAGCGGCAACAACCGAGCCUCAGACAACAAGCAUUGGCAAGAAGCAUUAACUACAACACUCGAAGAAGAAUCGCGUAAACAUUCCCCAAAUGACGGUCUUGCUGCCCUUCUUAUGCCCUGUGCCGCGACAAAGAUAGUCUUGGAUAGGGCAGACGACCCUGUCACAGUUGCAGCUGCAGAGAGGGAGUGUGGCAGACUUGUAUGGGACGACGAUAGUGCAAGCCACUAUUUGGUACAUCCUGCCCUGGCAACGCCAUUCUGCGUUACCGUUGAAAACUGUGCCGCCUGGUCUCGUGUCGAAUAUACGCUGGAACACCACGAAUCGCCACAGCAUCUCGCCAAGCUCACGCGAGAUGGCACCGGCACUGGGUGGCUCGAGAUUGACACUGGUGUAGCGUCCAAAAUCGAGUCAUUCUACAUUGUGGAUGUGGCCGUUACCGCACUGCUUCUUGUGGCUGCCAUGGAAGACAGGAACUCACCAAACACCGUCAUCGACGCAUUCGAGGCACCGCCAGUACCGGAACCUCCCAGGCAAUCAAGGAGCUUGAGCAGUGCACUGAGCCGACACCGCGACGAUGACGGCAGCAAAAAGAGUAAAAAAGACAAGAAAGACAAGAAGCGCCAGAGAAUGGAGCAGUUCGAAAUUGAUAUCGAAAGCCAGGACGAUAGUUUAGGCAAGGGGAGCAAAAAGGCUGAAGCUGAAGAUAAACUGCCCUUCCUAAUACGAGCCAUUGUCAAACUGGCAAAGGGGCUGUUCAACUGUUUUAUAUGGUUUCUUACAAUUGGCUUUGCAUGCGUUAAAGGAGUAUUCAAGGUUUUUUAUAAAUGUGUGGGAUCUAAA